GUGGUUCUGCUGAAAUUGCGGAUCAAUUCUUGUUCAGCUUGCUGGUUCUGUGCUUUUCAAGUUUGUUUCUUUUGCGAAAUUCAUAGUAUGAACGUGUAAGGGGCAGGAGACUAACCCAGUGAGCCCCGUCCCACAGGAUCUGGGGAGUGCAUGUGGGAAUUCUGCAGGUCCCUGAAAUCUAACUCGAAGGGCAGUUUUUCUUUCUCGAGGUGGGAGUCCGUCGAUAGAGUCCCCCGGCCCCCACCCCAGACUCUGUCCGUAGAAGGACGCAGAAACAGCCUCAGAGGGUGAGGUCAAGGCUGAGCAAGAUGCGGCUUCUUCUGUCGUUCCCAAGAUGGUGGCAUCUGGCAGCCAAGAUUGUAGCAGGGAACAGGCAAGGGUUGUCGAAGGGUGGAAACAUCGCCGGGCGAGAGUUGCGAGGAGGUAGCUGCCAGUUGGUUAGGUUGUUUGUCACCAGUCCUGAUGACAAAAGCAGAAUGCCCUCUGAGCCCGGAGUAAGCAGACGGAAGAAUAGCAAACUUCUCAAAGAGUGGACCUUGAUUGUCAGUCCCUUCGGUCUGCUGAAGGUGAGACUUCCUUGUCAUGUCACCGUGAGCCCCCUGGAUCCACACAACUACCUCGAGGCUGACAGGGUAUUUGUUACUGUGAGGGGGACGGACACGAACCCCCAAGAUAGUCCAGCUCUCAAUAAUUUGCAUGUGAAAUACGAUGAGGUGCUAAAGGAGAUGACAAUAAUCUCAGAUGACAUGGACAGAGCUGCCUCUGUGGAUGUGAGGACCCCCAUAAAAUUUGACUUAGAUAUCAAGACAUCAGGGAAUGGCUGUGUGAAGAUUGAGAAAAUUGAAUGCAAUCACUGCAAAAUAGAAACUGAGAAGGGAGCUAGUGUCUUGCAGUCAAUAAAGAGUCAGAAAAUUGACAUUCAGUCUAAAGGAGGGAAAGUUAUCUGCUUGGGAACUCUUCAGGGAAACACUGAUAUUCAUGUGUCAGAAGAAAGUAGUGUGAAUAUAGAAAAGCUACAAGGGUCAUCUGUUAUCAUUUCUACCAAAAAUGGUUUAUUAAAAACCAAAUAUCUUUAUGCAGAAUCUUCAUGUCUGUCUUCAACAGCUGGUGAUGUUCUCCUGGGAAAUGUUCAUGGUGACACUACUAUUCAGACUGAAACAGGAAACAUCACAGUUGAUUCCUCAGAGGGAUUCCUGAAAGCUUCUUCAUGUCAAGGGGCAAUAGAUGUUUAUAUUAUUAGUCAAGAGGGGGAAACUAAUUUGAAAACACAGAAAGGGUCCAUUACUGUCAAGGUACCUGCCACUCUUAAAACUUAUCUGCAGUUAUCUGGAAACAAGGUUGAGGUCAGCCCAGAAAUCCAGUUGCAAGAUAUCCAGAGUGCUUCCAGAGAGGAUCACUUAACUGUUACUGGUUACAUGAAUCAACAAGCUGAAAAAGAGAAAUGUAUUAAAGCAGAAACACACAAUGGUGCAGUUUAUCUCAAAAGUCAAACCUGGUUCCAGUCUGUGCAUUUGACGUCUUUGUGAUAGAAGAAUAAUCUUCACUUACAUAAAUCAAGGAAAACAAA